AUGCCGCCGCCGCCGGGGCCCCCCGCCGCCCUGGGCGCCGCGCUGCUGCUGCUGCUGCUGGCCUCGGAGUCGGCGCCCGCCGUGCUGCUGAGCGCGCGUGAGGCCGCGCAGGUCCUGCGGCCCAGGCAGCGCCGCGCCUACCAGGUCUUCGAGGAGGCCAAGCAGGGCCACUUGGAGCGCGAGUGCGUGGAGGAGCUGUGCAGCCGAGAGGAGGCGCGGGAGGUGUUCGAGAACGACCCCGAGACGGAUUAUUUCUACCCCCGAUACCUGGACUGCAUCAACAAGCAUGGGUCCCCGUAUACCAAGAGCCCAGACUUCGUCACAUGUGUUCAAAACCUGCCUGACCAGUGUACCCCAAACCCCUGCGAAAAAAUGGGGACCCAAGCCUGCCAGGACCUCAUGGGUACCUUCUUCUGCCUGUGCAGAGCUGGUUGGGGGGGCCGGCUGUGUGACUCAGAUGUGGACGAAUGCAGUCAGAACAAUGGCGGCUGCAGCCAGGUUUGCCACAACCAGCCCGGGAGCUUCCACUGUGCCUGCCACAGUGGCUUCGCACUGGGCUCGGACGGAAGCACCUGCCGAGAUGUGGAUGAAUGCGCAGACAUGAGCACCUGUGGAUCGGCGCAGUGCGAGAACCUGCCUGGCUCCUACUCCUGCAUGUGCGACCCGGGCUACACCUACAACUCCCAGGAAAAGGCCUGUCUAGAUGUGGAUGAGUGUCAGCAGGGCCGCUGUGAGCAGACCUGCGUCAAUGCCCCUGGCAGCUACACCUGCCACUGUGAUGGCCGUGGGGGCCUCAAGCUGUCCCCAGACAUGGACGCCUGUGAGGACAUCCUGCCCUGCGUACCCUUCAGCCUGGCCCGUAGCGCCAAGUCCCUGUACUUGGGCCGCCUGUUCCAUAGGACCCCUGUGGUCGGGCUCCGCCUCAAGCGGCUGCAGCGCGUGCGACUGGUGGCGCAGUUCGACUUCCGCACCUUCGACCCUGAGGGUGUCCUCUUCUUCGUGGGUGGUGACCCGGAGGGCACGUGGGCACUGCUGAACCUGCGCGCGGGGCGCCUGGAGCUGCAGCUGCACUGCCAGGGUCUAAGGCGUGUCACCAGUGGGGGCCCUGCAAUCAACCAUGGCCGCUGGCAGACGGUGUCCGUGGAGGAGCUGGCCCGCAGCCUCGUGGUGAAGGUGAAUGAUGAAGCAGUCAUGAACAUCGCAGUGCCCCGGGAGCUGUUCCACCCACGCCGAGGCCUCUACCACCUCAACCUUACCCUGGGAGGAGUCCCUCUGCCCAGCAGCCAUCUCUUGCAGCCUAUCAACCCCCGGCUGGACGGCUGCAUGCGCGGCUGGAGCUGGCUGGACGAAGAGGAGGCCACCAUCCAGGAGACAGUCAGUGGCAAUGCCAAGAUGCAAUGCUUCUCCACUGUGGAGGAUGGCUCCUUCUACCCCGGCAGCGGAUACGCUUCCUUCAGCCUGGACUACAGUGAGCUUGGGCCAGGGGCGGGCUCUGAUGCAACCUGGGCGGUGGAGGUGACAGCCCGCAUCCGCCCUGCUGCGGACACUGGGGUGCUGCUUGCACUGCUUGGCACCGACCGCUCUGUGCCUCUCUCACUGGCCCUGGUGGACCACCAUGCGGCCAGGAGGCUCAGGAAGCAGCUCGUGGUCCUGGCUGUGGAACACAUGCCGCUGGUGCUCGCAGAGAUCCAGGCUUGCAACGGGCAGGAGCACGUGGUCAAUGUGUCCCUCAGGGAGGGUGUGGCCACACUGGUGGUGGACAGCAGCGUAGGGCAGAUCGAAGUAGACGCCACGCAGCUGAAGGAGAGGCUGAGCCUGCUGGAGAGGCACCUGGUGCACGGCCCCAUGCUCACCCUGCUUGGGGGGCUACCAGAUGUGCCAGUAACGUCCACACCAGUUACAGCCUUCUACCGUGGCUGCAUGACCCUGGAGGUCAACGGGGUGCCACUGGACCUGGACGAGGCUGCACACAAGCACAGCGACAUCACCUCACACUCCUGUCCCCCCGUGGCUGCCACCUCCACGGCUGCCUCUGGACACGCAUAGCCACUGCCUGCCCUGCUCCACAUGUAGAUAGUCAGGGGGUGGGGCAGGGCUGGCGUGACUCUUAUUUUUAUUACUGAACGCUUCUUCUUCUAAAGCGUGAAAAUAAACU